AUGGCGACCACCAACGGUGAUCGCGCUCUUGGUGUUCUGACGCCACAACCGACGCUGGCGACCCCCACCACCUUUAUCACUCUCACCGAAACACCCGCGACGGCGAUCAUCGCCUCACCAACAACCACCACGGGCGACAGCACUCCGGACGUCCCGUCAACAACUACGCAUACUGCCACCGCAUCCAUCAUUAACAAUGUGGACCCGAUCGCAACCUGGCUUCAUUGGGAUCACACCUUCCCCUCACACAUCAGCCUAGUCGGUCGUUUGCGAAUCCAUCCACAACGACUGAAGGACCAGUUCCUGGAGCACCAACCUACACCCGCCGCAUUCGCCUCCACUAUUCACACUGCCCUCGCAUAUUCAUGCACUACAUGGGCCUAUUUGGCCACAUGCGUAUCCAUGAGAGCGAAAUUGACCGCAGUCCCGACACACCUAGCGCAUCAAGCACAUCCGCCAUGCCUAGCCCUGCCGACACUCCGACACCCAUCGCGCUCACCACCACCAACUCCAUCACACUCAGUGCAUCUUGCACACCCACCAUGCUCAGACCAAUCCACACACAGUCGCCCAUCGCACUCACCACCAGCCCCACCGUCUCACACUGACACCGUCGACCACUCAUGCCCACACUGUCCACGCAUAUUCACCUCUCGCAUCAGCCUGGUCGGUCACUUGCGAAUCCAUCGUACACAGACUGGUGAACCAGUGCCUGGAGCACCAACCUACGCUCGCCGCAUCCGCCUUCACUGUCCAAAUUGCACUCGCACAUUUAUUCACUGCAUGGGUCUAUUAGGCCACAUGCGCGCCCACGUUAACCUGCGGUAG